AUGGCACCACAACGCAAAUUGAACGUAUUGGUCUACACAGGCACUGGCACAACAGUCGCCUCGGUCAGGCAGUGCAUCUACACCCUGCGCCGCCUGCUCUCCCCCAACUAUGCAGUCAUCGCCCUGACAGAGUCCGCCCUCCUCAAGGAGCCAUGGCCGUCAACUGCCGCCCUCCUCGUCAUUCCUGGAGGUGCGGAUCUCAACUACUGCCGUGUGCUCAAUGGCCCCGGCAACAAGAUCAUCACUGACUUCGUCCGUCGCGGCGGCGCGUACCUCGGCUUCUGCGCUGGCGGCUACUACGGCUGCGGCCGCUGCGAGUUCGAGGUCGGCCACCCCGACCGGGCCAUGGAGGUCAUCGGCAGCCGGGAACUUAAGUUCUUCCCGGGCACGUGUAGGGGCGGCGCCUUCAAGGGUUUCAAGUAUGCCAGUGAGAGCGGCGCAAGGUCAGUCAGGGUCAGAGUCGACAAGGACGCUCUAGCUGGUGCGGGCGAGUCACCCGAGACAUUCCGGUCGUAUUACAACGGCGGCGGUGUAUUUGUCGAUGCGUCCAAGAUGAAGGACGAUGGUAUAGAAGUCUUGGCUAGCUACGAAGACGGCCUGGACGUUGACGGCGGUGAUGGCAACGCUGCUGUGGUGUAUUGUAAGGUUGGAAACGGCGGUGUUGUUCUCACCGGACCUCAUCCGGAGUUCGCAGCGGUCAAUCUCGAGCCACACCCCGACAUCGAGGGAUAUGAUGAGCUGAUCAAGUCAUUGGCCGAGGACGACGACCACCGGACCAAUUUUCUCAAGGCCUGUCUGACCAAGCUUGGUCUCCAAGUCAGCCACGAGGGCUCGUCGGUACCGUCUCUUUCCAAACUCCACCUUUCGGCUCUAGACCCUCAAGAGGCUGGCGGCCUUGUCACAUCCUUCAGCGAUAUCAUUACCCGAGACGAGAAAAACGAGGAAAUAAUUAAGGACGAUAACGAUACCUUUUAUAUCGAGCAUCCGGACUCGCGUUGGUCUGUGAAUGAUCUCCGCGAAGCACUCCAAUCAGCACAUGUCGACGACAACGACGGCAAGACAGCCAAGUAUGAUCCCGCCAGGGCAACUGGAAUCGACGGCCUCAUCGACUACAACAAAGUACUCAAAACCAUUGUCCCGCAUGAGUCCUCCUGGCCGGAGCCCAAGGAGACGCCUUACUUCAACCACCACGACUUCUACGGCUCGCUGCAAGAGUUCCGGCGCCGCGAAACCGAAUCAUACGAGUGGGGCGAUGCCCUCAUGUACGGCGAGGUCGUCACCAGCACCAACACGCUGCUCGAGAAGAACCCAAAGCUACUCUCCAAGCUACCAACGGGCUUCACCCUGGCGGCGACGACGCAGGUGGCGGGCCGUGGGCGCGGGACCAACGUAUGGAUCGCCCCGCCGGGUUGCAUGAUCUUCUCGACCGUCAUCAACCACCCGGCGCACAUCAGCGCCAACCGACCCGUGGUCUUCAUCCAGUACCUGGCGGCCAUAGCUAUCGCCGAGGCGGUGCGCAGCUACGACGGCAACUCCAAGGGCCAGUACGCCGACCUGCCGGUGCGGCUGAAGUGGCCCAACGACAUCUACGCGCAGGACCCGGCGGACCCCUACAGUGGUAGCGGCGGCAAGGACGGGCUGAAGCCGAACUACGUCAAGAUCGGCGGGAUCCUGACCAACUGCGCGUACAGCAACGGGAACUACCAGAUGGUGGUGGGCAUCGGGAUCAACACCACCAACGGGAAGCCUACCACGUCGCUCGACCACAUCCUGUCGGCCUUCUCGAAGCGGCACAACCUGCCACCCUUCCGCAUCGAGAGGCUGCUCGCCCGCAUCAUCACCCGGCUCGAGACCCUGUACAGAGAGUUUGUCCGCGCCGGCUUCACCAGGGAAAUGGAGGAGCGGUACUACGCCGCGUGGCUGCACUCGGGCCAGGAGGUCACGCUGGAGGCAGAGGGCGGUGUGAGGGCUAAGGUGGUGGGCAUCACGAGGGAUUGGGGCUUGCUCAGGGCGCAGGAGAUCGGGUUUGAUGGGAGGGUGACUGGGCGGGUUUGGACGCUGCAGAGCGAUGAGAAUAGCUUUGACUUCUGGAAAGGGCUCGUGAAGAGGAAAGUGGAGCGAGCCAAUCAUGUUACAUUCGUGAGCGGCCACAUCGCCGUCGCAGCAGGCAUCAAGUCUCAUUUUGCUUUGCUAUACAACUUCAUUGAUGUCCGCAAAUAUACGGCGGCACUCUAUCCCAAGCACCCAACGUUUCAAACACGACAAUUCGCGUCUGAUAAAUGGAAAAUGACGACCUACAUCUAUGAGCCUCUGGAUUAUGAUAAGGCUCAAAUCCGCGUCGUACACCUCCCUCCGGCGCUUGACGAUUCUGAGCCGAUCCGUAUCUCCCUGCAGAAGGUCACCAUCCCCCGGAGCUGCCUCAGCACACCGCUGGAGUCGGAUCUCGAAGCGAUUGACCUGGCCUCUGAGGAGUCCGACGCUGAAAAACCCGACUUCGUCGCCUUGUCAUAUGUAUGGGGAUCCCCCGAUGAUCCACAAGAGGUAAUCGUGGAUUCAGCUCCCGAGGGAGCCAACACAAUCUCCAUCACACGCAACUUAGAUAUUGCGCUGCGGAACAUUCGAUUUAAGGGCACAGAUGUGGUAAUCUGGAUCGAUGCAAUAUGUAUCGACCAGGGCAACCUCGAGGAGCGCAGCCAUCAAGUCGCCUUCAUGGACACAAUCUACACUAUCGCCAAAUCAACCCUUGUUUGGCUUGGACCAGAGGAGAAUGACAGUCCACAGGCUUUGGAUUUACUUGUCUAUAUAGGACAAAGAGUCGAGUUCACUUCCCGCGGAGGCAUUGAACGUCAUCCCGACGCUCCACCGCGGGAACCAGGCGACCCGAUCUUGGUGUCACAGCCCGGGACGAAUACAACUUGUCCAGAGAAACACCUGCGGACCUUAAUCACAUUCUUUGAGCGGCCAUGGUUCACGCGUCUGUGGAUACGGCAGGAGAUUGCGCUAGCAAACAACGCGCAGGUCCUCUGCGGGAGAACAAAAAUUGACUGGAUCGACUUGCAAAACGCGGCGGGUUGGUUCCUCACCGCGAACUUCGGUCCGUCAAUUCCGGUCGAGCUGGAAGAGAGGCGCGCCAAAAUAAACAAAGCGGUGUGGAAUGUGUGUGAAGUCAACAUGAAGUUCCUGUCGUACAAAACUCUGCGCCGCGACAAUGUGGGUACUAGAUUCACAGAUCCACGGGACACGAUCUACGCCGUCAAGCGCCUGCUGGACGCAAGCGAUCAGGAGUUAGACGUCUUGCCGAAUUACACUUUACAGACAGCUGACGUCUUCAUGGACGUCUGCUUGCGGAUUGUGGAACGUCAGGGCCUCGCAUAUUUCCUUGAAUCCUGCGAAUUAAACUCAAUCUCGGUACCAAAUUUGCCCAGCUGGGUCCCUGACUGGUCCAAGCCAGCGACGGCGGUGACCAAUUUCGUGUUUCCCUGGAGUGCUUCUGGCUUUAUCUCGGCGAACGCAACAUAUCUUGGAGAUGGGGUACUUCGCGUGGGUGGGCUUCCGAUCGAUACGAUUGAGUCUGUCAGGGACCUGUACGACCCUGUCGGUAGUGAGACACUAAGAGACCUCGUAAUCAACUUCGACUAUAUUUGGAGUUGCUACCCUGGGGAUAACCUCAUCAAUAGCCCGUAUGAUGAGAAGCAGACUAUGAUGGAUGCAUAUUGCCGCACCUUUACUGGUGGUAUGUUCCGUGAUAAUUGGCACCUGCAAGAUGACGGCCCGAGUGUUAUAACCUUUGAUGAGGCGAAGGAGGCUCUAAAGAAGGUAUGGUCCGUGAGAGAGGACUGGGACGGUUAUGAAGACUCGAUAGAAGACCCCUUGGUCCAAAAGUACCUAAAGAAAUGUGGCGUUCGGACCGCUGGGAGAUGUUUUUUCACCACCAAGAAGGGUUACGUCGGCCUGGCCCCCCUGGGAACUGAGCCAGGAGACAUUAUUAGCGUUAUUUUAGGGUGCGACUUCCCUGUUGUCAUACGGAAAGACCCUAUAUCUAGCGCCAAGUCCGGCAAGCCUAGAUGGAAAGUGGUGGGCGUUUGCUAUGCCAACGGCCUGAUGUGCGGGGAGGCAAUAUAUGGAAGCCUUCCGAGUCACUAUCGACCAGUGUCUCAUAGUAAAGCAACAGACGACGAGCUGAUUUUCGGCAGUAUAUACCCUAGGUAUGCACUUUUGGACAGCCGGACAAAUGAUUUCAAGACCGAUCCUGCAGCACUGCUUGAGGAGUUUGGAAUCCAGCCUAGUGCUUGGAGUCGGAAACCACAUCGAUUGGAGGUCUCUGUGUCCGCGUUGCGAGAAGCCGGCGUGGAUCUGCGCGCCAUCUUUCUGGUGUAG